AAAGUCAGAAGAAGAAAAGUCUACUCUCUACUGCGAAUCAACAAUCAACGCGGUGCUUCUCUUCUUUCUGUAAAAUCAAUGGCCGUUGUCUUCUUUGUCGUCUCCCACUAGAAUUUUAAUCGAUCUUACCCUAUAAUUCUUCUUCAUCUUCUUCUUCUUCUGAGUUUCCAUCCCAGUAGAAUUAACAAAAUCUUCAAAAAUGUGGAAUGCGAAUUCACAAUUGCGACUAUGUUCAUCAAUACUGAGACAAAGAAUCAAACAACAACAGCAAGAAUUCCUAAUUGGUACAUCGAUUAGAAGAUCUUUUACUACAACUGAAGGAUCUAGACCUACUAUCAUUCAUAAACGGAGUAUUGAUAUCCUUCAUGAUCCUUGGUUUAAUAAGGGUACUGCUUUUUCAAUGACGGAGAGAGAUCGACUUGAUCUUCGUGGUCUUCUUCCUCCUAAUGUUAUGAGUUCUCAACAACAAAUUGAGAGAUUCAUGGCCGACUUGAAAAGGCUAGAGGAGCAAGCAAGAGAUGGACCAAAUGAUCCAUAUGCAUUGGCUAAGUGGCGUAUCCUUAACAGGUUGCACGACAGAAAUGAGACUAUGUACUACAAGGUUUUGAUUGACAAUAUUGCAGAAUACGCACCUAUAGUGUAUACACCAACAGUUGGACUAGUUUGCCAGAAUUACAGUGGUUUGUUUAGAAGGCCAAGAGGAAUGUAUUUUAGUGCACAAGAUCGUGGAGAAAUGAUGUCUAUGGUUUAUAAUUGGCCUGCGGAACAGGUUGAUAUGAUCGUGGUGACAGAUGGAAGCAGAAUAUUAGGUCUUGGAGAUCUUGGAGUUCAGGGCAUUGGAAUUUCCAUUGGGAAGCUAGAUCUGUAUGUCGCUGCUGCUGGGAUAAAUCCUCAGAGAGUGCUUCCUGUGAUGAUUGAUGUCGGAACUAACAACGAGAAGCUUCUCAAAGAUCCUCUGUACUUGGGAUUGCAACAAAACCGUCUCGAGGGUGAGGAGUACAUUUCAAUUAUUGAUGAAUUUAUGGAGGCUGUUUUUACCCGAUGGCCACAUGUGAUAGUACAGUUUGAAGAUUUCCAGACCAAGUGGGCCUUUAAAUUGUUGCAGCGCUACAGAAAUACCUAUCGUAUGUUUAAUGAUGAUGUUCAGGGAACUGCGGGAGUUGCAAUAGCUGGUCUUUUGGGAGCUGUUAGAGCACAGGGAAAACCGAUGACCGAGUUUCCAAAACAAAAGAUUGUAGUUGCUGGCGCUGGAAGUGCAGGAAUAGGAGUUCUUAAUGCCGCAAGGCAGACCAUGUCAAGGAUGUCAGGAAAUAACGAAGCUUCGUUUGAAAGUUCUAGGAGUCAGUUCUGGGUUGUUGAUGCCAAUGGACUUAUUGCCGAGGAUCGUCCAAAUAUUGAUCCAGAUGCUCUGCCAUUUGCAAGGACAGUCAAAGAACUUGGUCCCCUGGGGCUACAAUCAGGAUCAAGUCUAGUAGAUGUGGUUCGUCAAGUAAAGCCUGAUGUGCUUCUUGGAUUAUCUGCAGUAGGAGGCUUAUUUUCAACUGAGGUGUUGGAAGCCCUCAAGGGUUCAACUUCGUCCAGACCAGCUAUUUUUGCCAUGUCAAACCCUACCAAAAAUGCUGAAUGCACCCCUGACGAAGCAUUUGCGGUUCUGGGUGGUGAUAUAAUAUUUGCAAGUGGGAGCCCUUUCAAGGAUGUGGAUUUAGGAGAUGGUCGAAUUGGGCACUGCAACCAGGGAAACAACAUGUACCUAUUCCCAGGGAUAGGGCUUGGUACACUCUUAUCUGGAUCUCGUAUCGUCUCUGAUGGCAUGCUACAGGCUGCUGCUGAAUGCUUGGCAGCAUAUAUUACAGAGAAAGAGGUUCUCAACGGGACAAUUUUUCCUUGUGUUUCCAGCAUCCGUGAUAUCACAAAACAGGUAGCAGCAGCAGUUGUUAAGGAAGCAAUAGAAGAAGAUCUAGCAGAGGGAUACCGUGAUAUGGAUGCUCGAGAGCUCCAAAAACUAAGUCAGGAGGAAAUUUUAACGUAUGUGCAGAACAAUAUGUGGAGUCCCCAAUAUCCAACUAUGGUAUACAAAAAAGACUGAGAACUCCGCAUCUUUCUCUGAAUCUGUUGGUAGCCAUGAUGGUGUCUGCUAGCUCUUGUGUGAAGGAAGAGGUGUGGUAGCUAGGAUGUAUCCCGGUUUCUUCUUAAGACUCCAUCUCAGAGAAUGUUAUAUCUUGUGAUUAAAAUUUACUUAAUGUUUAGUUUCCCACGUGCUGUAACAAUUUUUCAUAAUGACCCGGCAGUCAGUUUGUGCCUACAUCCUGUAAGCAGCUGGGAUCAUUUCAUAAGAUAAGUGAAAAUAGGGCCUCCAUUUUCUUCCCUGUAAAUUCAGCGUGAAAAUGCUACAGAUUACUUGAUCUUGUUAAUUUUUCUUCUUGUUGUAAAUGCUUAAGAUAUUUCUGUUAUUUGGAUUGUCGCCA